AGAAGAAGACGACGUUUCAGAAAUAAAAGAAAUUUUGACAUUGACAUUGUUGUGAAAUCACUUUAAUUUUUAUUGAGUUUCCAAAAAAAAACUUAUUGUGAAAAAGCCGUAAAAGCCUAAAAACAAUGUUUAUUAAACAAUUUAAAGUGAAAAGUAAAACUGUGCUCCGAAGCAGUGACAGAAAUAAACUCUACAACAAAAUCGCAGGAAAAUAUCCCAACUUAUCAGAUAAAAAUUUCUGUUGUAUUUUUCCGUCAUCUGGGUGUAUCUAUCAUACAAAAAUUAUUACAAAUUCAGGGAGUACAGUUUUAGUUUAUUCGGAAAAGAAGCAGCCUAUGUUCUUUGAAUUAGCAAGUGGAAAUAUUUAUCCUACGGUUUAUACCAUGUGGCUGGUUGCAGAUCUUCUGCCAAAAAUAACAACACAUCCUUCGGUUUUACCAAUCAUGGCCAAAGGAGCUAAUCUAAUGGCACGAGGAGUCGUCAAACAGGGUAAAGGAGUGCAAGCUUGGGGAUGUAUCAGCCGAGGGGAUGUUGUAGCUGUAAACUUAACUUCCAACACACACGUAUGCGCUGUGGGAAUUUUUUCGCAAUCAAGCAAUGAUUUGUACCUUAACGGUGGAAAUGGAGUUUGCGUGGAAAUCCUCCAUGUAUUUGGUGACAAGUUAUGGGCUAUUGAACCCACAGCAUGCUCGCAGAUUCCUGUCGGAAAAUGCGCUGUACCGGAGCUCACAGAAACCGAUUUCCCAGAGCUAGGAGCCGAAAACGCACAACGAAGGAUAGAUACUGGAUCAUUGACCAGUAAAGACGAUCACAUAGAACUUGAUAAUUCAGUUGGAGUCAUAGACGAAGUGGAAGGGACAAAUCAAAAAGAGGAACAAUCUCCAGAUGAUGUACUGAAAAAGGCUUUCCUGACUGCUUUAAAAUUCGACAGACAGAAACUCACGCUUCCACUACUCACUAGCACUUUCUAUGCAAAUCAUGUGCAAGUUGUAGCUCCAGAGAACUUUAACAUUAAGGACACCUCAUACAAAAAGUUCACUAAAUUUAUGCAGCAAAUGGUCGAAGAAGGAUUUUUAGAGAAAAAAUCAUCUAAUAUUGAUUCAACACCUGCAGAUUUACCCAUCCAACUUCUAACUGCAAUGACAAAACUCUACAUUGUUUCAGACGCUACAUUUGCUUUUUUUUCCAUCUAUUCUCAUAAAAGCGGAAAGGGCUUACAGGAAAAUGAGAUAGAGAAACAUUUAAUGCAGUAUGUAAAGAAGAGAAAUCUCAUCCAGGAAAAUGGGAAACUUAUCAAACUUGAUGAGGUUCUUGCGGGAAUCUGCGGGGGUCAGGUCAACUCUUUGGAGAGCUAUAAUACGGUUUUACAGGAUAUACUUGCUAAAAUGCCGGCUAAUUUUGAGAUGCGCGCUAAAGAAAGGGACAAAGUACUUAAUAUUCAGAUAAGCCUCAGUACGCGGAAAGGCAACAAAAAGGUCACACUCGUAAGCAAUUUAGACUCACAUGGCAUCUUUAUUCCCGAUUUUGCUAAUCGAUGCAAAGUUGGAGUUCAGGCAAGCACAACAGUAAUUCAAACGGCCACUGCAAAAGGAGAUACUCUUCUCAUACAAGGCAAUCAAGUUCGCUUUGUUUAUAAUCUUCUUACUGAAACUUAUCGUAUUCCCAAAGGAAAGGUAUCAGGCUUAGAAUUAGCUGGCAAAGAGCCAAAAAAAAAUAAAAAUAAAUAAAUGAAGAUAAAAAAAAUAUUGUAAAUGUAAUAAUAAAAUGUGUAUAUUUCUUAGUCAAA